UGAAGGCGAAUUCGCCGGUUACUGAAACUAAACUUCUGUUUGCGUCGAAAUCACCGUAAAAAUCCCACUUACUUUCUUCAUCAACCUAUCAAUAGAACGUCUGAUUUUCUCAGGAAGAAGUACUUGGAGAGUAAUGUUGUUUUGGGGGAAAAUAUUGCCAGGCAAGUUUAUGGUUGGUUGUUUGCGGCGGAGCAGCAGUUCGCCGUUAUAGACUGCAUUGCUUGUUGUGCAUGCAGAGAGGGGCUGAGACCGAGACAGGCUAGGCUCGAGGAGAGAACAGGGACAAUCAAUCGGCCAUCCGCUGCAUGCGCAUGCCGCAUUGCCAUUGACACUUCCAUAAAGCUACAUCUUGCUUCAUCAUGGUUUCUUUGGGGCGGUUUGCCUCAAGAACAUUAUUUAGAGUACCAACGAGCAACGUGUAUUGCUCUCACAGCCACAGGAGAAGAUUAUGUGUAUCACAUCAGCAUUUUCAAGAACAAAACCUCCCAAGCUUUGGCCUUCUGUUUGAUAUUGAUGGUGUCCUGAAGAGGGGAAAGACAGUACUACCUGAAGCUCAGAAAGCGUUUCGUCUCCUAACGAAUGACAAAGGAAAGAUGAGAGUACCCACUGUGUUCAUCACUAAUGCUGGAAAUUCACUCAGAGAACAAAAAGCCAGUGAACUUACAGAUAUCUUGGAAGUACCAAUCACCCCAGAUCAAGUUGUUAUGUCCCACAGUCCUCUCAGGAUACUGCCUCAGUUUCAUGAUAAGCAUGUCUUGGUGUCUGGUCAAGGGCCUGUUGUGGAAAUAGCUAACAUGUUGGGUUUUAAUAAAGUCAUCACUAUUGAAGAGGUACGGGAUCUGUUUCCUCACUUAGACUGUGUGAGUCAUAAACGCAGGAGACCAUCAUCAAGUCCAUCCACAGAGAGAAUAUUACCACCGAUAGAAGCUGUAGUACUAUUUGGUGAACCAGUAAGGUGGGAGACCAACUUACAGCUCAUUCUUGAUGUGUUGAUGACAGACGGUCAGUUGGAACUCAAACCUUUAACAGUACCACGGCCACAUAUCCCAAUCUUAGGCUGUAAUAUGGAUCUCCUGUGGAUGGCCGAGGCACAUCUACCAAGGUUGGGACAUGGUUCAUUUCUCCUUUGUCUAGAAGCACUGUACAAGAAAGUAACAGGGCAUGAUCUUAGAUACACGGUGUUGACAGGGAAGCCAAGUCAGAUCACAUACCACUAUGCUGAGCAUGUACUCAAGCAACAAGCUAGGACUAUGGGCAUUCAACAAAGUGUGAGGACACUUUAUGCUAUUGGUGACAACCCAAUGACAGACAUCUACGGUGCUAAUCUUUACAACCAUUACCUGACGUACAUGAACAUGAGCCGUGUAAAGAAGUCCAUGAGCAUAGGUAGCUCCAUGAACGACCCUGGUGACAAAUACAGACCUUCCCUUGGCGGUACGCCUGGCAGUGAUUUCCAUGACUCCUCGAUUAACCUAGACAAAGACUGGAAUGACAUCAUUGCAGAAGAAGGAGCUGAAAGCAUCGAGUCGAUCCUUGUAUGUACUGGUGUGUACUCUAAAAGAGACAGUGUGGAGAAGAUAGAACGUGAUUCAGACCUUGAUCUUGAUCAUGGCCACAGGGACUUUAAACAUGAUCCUGACCUUCUACGACCUUCCAUUGAAGUCCAAGAUGUAUUAGAGGCAAUAGAAGAGAUAUUCAAGAUUGAAAAAUUUUCUUGACCCUUGUCAGGAUUCAUUUACUAUGUUGUCACUUCACCAAAUAUUUUCUAUUGUUCGACACUUGUGGGCUUUCAGUGUUAGUGGAGGUGUUUCGAUGUACGUGUGUGUGCGCAUUGAGAAUGGAAUACGUACUCCUCUAUAGUAAACCCCAAUGAAGAUGAAGAAUGAUUGAGAGCAUUUUAAUAUUUCAAAUGAGUGCAUGCCAAUGUCCUUUUAGAUGAUACUUUCUUUAUUUUGGUUUUUUGUGGCAUCCUAGCUGUCAUUAGACUUUCCUAUUUUUGGCAGCUUAAUUCCCUCAACUGUACAAAUACACUCCCCAAGACCCUGUUCCAUGAAACAUUUGCAAAUUACUAUUUUGACUAUAUAUAGUGGUGCUAAAAAGUUGAUGAACCCCACCAGAAAAAUGAAAAUAUUCAAAAUGUGUUCAAGUUCUGCCAUCUUUUAGAUAUUUAUUUGUGAAGUCAAGUGAUAAAUAUUUCAUUCAAUUCAAUUUGUUUCUCAAGGCUCACCGGACAUUGUAGUGUUGUUGUCUUUUUCUGAUGGGGUUCACUAACGUGCUAGCAACACUGUAAAUAUAUAUUCUUUUUCUUUUCCCUUUUUUUCAGCAAAUCAAAUUUCAUUUUUGUUAAAUGGAUUGUUUUCAUUAAACUUCACAAUUUUUAGCUCAUCCGGCCCAAUGCCAUGGCAUCCAUCAUCUGUCGUCCAUCCACAAUUUCUUCGUCAUUUCAAGUCCGAUUUUAAUUCUGUUUGCUAUAUAUGAUAGCACUAGGUGGGGAUUCAAAACUUCUGCACAGAAU